GCUGUGCCUUUUCGAUUUGACAUUUACGUUCGGCUUUAAUAGAUUCCCGUUAGACUUCGAAGAUCCUAUUGGAGUAUCGAAAAAUUCUUCGACAUGCCGCAGAAAAUUGGAUUCAACGUCGUAUACGCUACGAGUGAAGAAGAAAGACACUCGUCUUUGGAGUUAAACGUCCAUGGACCAACUGUACGUGGUUGGCAGAGUGCAAGAAGAUGCGGAUAUCCUCAGGAACUUAUCCUGCGUCUUCAUGGACCGACUAAGUUAACUAGGAUACAAGUACUCGCACAUCAAUACCUCAUUCCUGAAAAAUUGGAAAUCUGGACGUCCCAAGAGGAAAAUGCUUCUAACUCCACGGAUUUCAUGUAUUUAGGAUAUAUCACUCUUUCGGAUAACGCUUCGACUCUUUACAAGAGCAGAGAAUUGAAAAGUGUCGCGCUUCCGGAAACGGAAGCUGUGACCUUGAAGCUGAGACUUCACAAGCCACAUGCGAAUGCUCACAAUCUUCAUGAACAGGUUGGCCUUAUAGCCGUCAAUAUAUUAGGCGAGCCUUACGGGCAAGAACUUAGUGGCCAAGGAGAUGCUCCCUAUAAUCCUCACUACACUUCACCCUACGAUGAUCUGGCAUUUGAAAUGUAUGUAGAUCGUGAAGUCGCCAAGAUCAUAAGACAGAUGGAAGCCAAGAAACUACAAGCUGUCGAGGAAGAGAGAUUCGAGUACGCGUCGAAGCUCAAGGUGGCGAUGGAAAAUUUGAGAAAAUCUGGAGAACGUCUGGGGAAGUAUGAGUUGGAGAAGAAAUAUGCAAUAGCCUUGGAGGAUUAUGAUAAAGCAAAGGCGAAGAAGGCACAGGCACAGCUUUAUAGACAACAGGUCUACCAGUCCCUGGAAGUAGAGGAUUUAUUAGAAAUUCAUGGACCUCUGGAAAAAAAUAAUCUAUCUACAGUUGAGGGUAUAGAAUCGAUAUCGGUUGAUACAUGCGAUACUGCGCCGGUUACUGUUCCUGAGGAAAUCACGUCACCACCCAGGUUGGCCGUACCACCAAGUCGAGAAGGUGCAUUAUCUCCUACGGGUCCAGCUCAGCAACUACCAGUGUCUCCAUUACAUCAGAAGCCAAAUAGCCCUGAAGUCACUGAUAGUCCAACGAAUGGCGUCCUGGAAAGGCUCAAUACUUGUAACAAAGGUUCGCUCAGGAGAAAAACGAAAUCGGCUGGUCCGGCACUUCGUUCGAGUUAUGAAGCCUACGAGGAGAGAACCAUUCCUGCACUCAGGCAUUCUCACACGAAUGAAUUCACGAGAGAGUGUCACAUGGACAGCGCUGAGACAAAAGUCACCUCGAAGCUCAACGACAGGGAGAAGAAGCAGGCAGCAUUACCAAUUGCAGUCUUUGGCAUGGAUAUGGUGGAAAAGUUUUACUCUAAACAAUUCACUGACAAGGAGGAGGGCUUAAUGCAGUUAAAGGAGGAACUAAGAACUUUUGAUCCGGAAGUCUCAAAGCAUUCAGCAAACAAAACUGCGCGCGCAGCUAUUUUGCUCUUGCACAGAGCACUGAGGGACAAAGUCUUCAGCGUAUACAGUUUGGCAGCUCAACUUAUUAGGAUUUUCUUUGCUGAGUUUGCUACUGACAGGGUGUCCUCGCCAGAGAUUGCUCGCAGUGUAGACCGACUGCUUCCUGAACUCUUGACAAAGUCAGGAGACACUACUCCCAGGAUACACAACAUGGCAGUGCAUACUAUACUGAGUAUGGCGGAUGUUAAAUGCGUGCGCGAACUUCAUAUAAUACCGGUUCAUCUGAGUAGACCAGUCAGUAGCAGUACUCAUCAAAGACUUGCACUGAGUAGAUUGGAAAUGGUCGAACAAUUAAUACUGAACCAUGGAAUAUCAACUGAUAAGCAAAGGCAUUGUAACUGUUGCAGCGGCUUGACAUGUCGAACCUUAUCCGAAUUGGGCUCCUCGGGUCUUCAUCAUCCUGCUGAAGCCGUCAGGAAAGUUUCUGAGCGAAUUUUGGUUUUGGUUUACAAAGUUAAUCCACGGCUUGUACGGAAACAAUUGCCACCUGAUGAUGACAUCACUAGGAGGAACUUGCUAUACCGUCAGCUCUUCCACGAGUUUGAUUUGAUAGAUCUUCAGAGAAAAAAGGAAUUGGAAUCAAAUCAAAAACCAACGACAACACCGACGCGUACAAAAUCGACAGAAAAUCAUGUGGCAAACAUAACGAAGUCACCUCCGAGAACGAGUCCAGCCGUUAGUACAGCUAGUUCUACGAGUAUAACGUCGCCGUCCGAGAACAGCGCAGAUCAGAAGAGAGAAAAAAUGUGCAUAUUUUGCUUGUCCAAAGGACAAGUUUAUUCGGAGGAAGGACUCAAUAUUCACUACUGGCGUAGUUGUCCUAUGUUGACGAGAUGCGAAGCCUGUAAGCAGGUCGUAGAAAUCUCCUACUUAAAUUUACACCUUUUAAAUGAGUGCGAUAUGAGGAGCAAUUAUGUUAAGUGCGAUACGUGUAAGCAAGCCAUGCACGAAAGGACGUUUAAGGAACACGCGAAGGACGAAAAAUGCACAAAACCCAUAGAGGGCUAUGAGCGAUGUCCCCUUUGUCACACUCAUGUGAAUCAGAAUAAAUGGAGAGAGCAUCUAAUGGGAGAACACCCUUGCACUAACAAUCCACGAAAUAAAACAAGUAAACCUUGCACAAAGUCAUCCUCAAAUUCGCAAGGUCUCAGUGGCAAGAUGACAUCACCCACUGGAAGAGAUUAUUAGCGACAAUCAUUGUCACAGCCGAAAAGUCAUCAGUAGAAUGUAAAAAGUUGACAGAGAAAAUUUUUGAUUUUUCUUUAUUUAAUAGUUUACGGUAUAUGUUAUUAGUCGCCUAGUCUUUUUUCAUGUUUGUACGUAUAUUUAGAUGUUUUUAUAGUAAAACCCGUCCUUCUAAUAUUGACGCCAGAUAAACGUAGGAACACGUUAUUCCCAAUUAGAUUGGGAAAAAGCAUAAACUUGCGUGACAACGUAGUUGAGUUUCCGGUACAGUGUUAUAUGCCGUGUAAGAAUUAUUGCAAGGGACAAAUGUCCUUUUGUCACGCAUCAUAUUAAUUCGAAUAACAUAGUCAUUUUUCAGUUAGCUGGACCCAGUCACGACAUCGAGUAUUCGCAGCUUCCGGUAUCCUACAGUUUCUCUUCUUAAGAUGUCCAGCUGACAAAAGUCCAAUGGUAUUUAGCCGUCUCAGUCUCAUGAUGAUUCCUUCGCAUCCGGCCAUGUUUAUACGUACUCGUAGCACAUAAGUUUAGAAAUUUGGAUUCUACUUUUUACGGCGUUGCUGAGAAAUGGUGGCCGAACAAUAACUUUGAAAGGGUACUCUACGCUCAAAACCGAUAUCGAUUAAGUAUCUAGUAAUUAAAGUGUAAUGGGAAUUUCUUAAAUCAAUUAUUUCAUAGAAAAAAAGUGGAUAAUUAAAGUGGGAGUUGAUUCUCUUCUCGUUA